AUGUCUUCUUCAGGUGCAACGCCGGGGCGAUUGGCCUCCGAAUACAGCGAAGUUCAAUCUAGCCGCCUCAAAGUGACACUCCCUUUGCCGUCGGUUUUAAAAACCGCCUUCGAAAUCGUGGAUGGCCCCCCUAGUUCCGCCGCUGGAAAUCCAGAUGAAAUUGCAAAGCUUUUCCCAAACCUCUUCGGGCAACCAUCAGCAUCGCUGGUGCCUGGUGAUUCGUCUGGAGCUGCUUCUAACCAGAGCUUAAAGAUUGGUGUUGUGCUUUCUGGAGGACAGGCUCCUGGGGGACAUAAUGUCAUAUCUGGGCUCUUUGAUUAUUUGCAGGAACGAACAAAUGGUAGCACAUUAUAUGGUUUUAAGGGUGGCCCAGCAGGGAUAAUGAACUGUAAAUAUGUCGAAUUGACAACGGACUAUAUUUAUCCUUAUAGGAACCAGGGUGGCUUUGAUAUGAUCUGUAGUGGGAGAGACAAGAUUGAAACCCCUGAACAAUUUAAGCAAGCUCAAGAAACAGCAAAAAAGCUUGAUUUAGAUGGACUUGUUGUCAUUGGGGGUGAUGACUCGAACACCAAUGCUUGUCUUCUUGCUGAAAAUUUUAGGGGAAAUAAUAUGAAAACUCGGGUUAUUGGAUGUCCUAAGACAAUUGAUGGUGACUUAAAAUGCAAAGAAGUUCCCACGAGUUUUGGUUUUGACACAGCAUGCAAGAUAUAUUCAGAAAUGAUUGGAAAUGUUAUGACAGAUGCUCGUUCAACUGGAAAAUAUUAUCACUUCGUGAGGCUUAUGGGCCGAGCUGCGUCUCACAUUACAUUGGAGUGUGCUUUGCAGACUCAUCCAAAUGUUACCAUUAUUGGUGAAGAGGUUGCAGCCCAGAAGCAGACUUUGAAGAGCGUUACAGAUUAUAUUACGGAUGUGAUUUGCAAACGUGCUGAAGUUGGAUACAACUAUGGGGUCAUCCUUAUACCAGAAGGCCUGAUUGAUUUUAUCCCUGAGGUGCAGCAGCUUAUUUCAGAGCUUAAUGAAAUCCUUGCUCAUGAUGUUGUUGAUGAAGGUGGAAUGUGGAAAAAGAAACUUAGGAACCAAUCUCUUCAGCUCUUCGAAUUUCUGCCUCAAGCAAUUCAGGAACAACUACUACUAGAAAGAGAUCCUCAUGGAAAUGUUCAGGUUGCUAGAAUAGAAACAGAAAAAAUGCUUAUCCAAAUGGUGGAAACUGAGUUGGAUUCCAGAAGGAAGCAAGGUUUAUAUAAUAAAGAAUUCAAGGGACAGUCUCACUUUUUUGGUUAUGAAGGUAGAUGCGGGUUGCCUUCAAACUUUGACUCCAACUACUGCUAUGCAUUGGGUUAUGCUGCAGGUGCUCUCCUUCAGAAUGGAAAGACUGGCCUGAUUUCCUCAGUGGGGAAUUUGGAUGCUCCAGUUGAAAAGUGGACUGUAGGUGGAACAGCAUUGACUUCUCUGAUGGAAGUGGAGAGGAGACAUGGGAAAUUUAAACCUGUGAUUAAGAAGGCAAUGGUGGAUCUUCAAGCUGCUCAUUUCAAAAAGUUCGCAUCCAUGAGAGAUGAAUGGGCCCUGAAGAAUCGAUAUUUCAGUCCAGGUCCUGUUCAGUUCAUUGGCCCGACAUCGAAUGACAUCAAUCACACUCUAAUGCUGGAACUUGGUGCCCAGGCUUAG